CUGUCAGAAAGCAUUUCCUUCUCUACCUACUGUGAGCAACAGACUUCUCCGAGUAAGGCCAACAAAACAUGCAUGCUUGCUACAACUCCAGACUGAGCCCUCCCCUAUUCUCUGAGAUUAUGGAUUCACACACUCAAACAUGGGAUCAGCACGUGAGCCACAGAGAGGAUCCCUCUCAGCAGUGUGGAUCUGGGCUCAAUAAGGACACUCAGUGCCCUGUGUGUCUACAGACUUCCACUUUCCCUGUGAAGACCAACUGUGGACAUAUAUUCUGUGCCCCUUGUCUGAUCUCUUACUGGAAGCAUGGCUCUUGGCUAGAUGCGAUCAACUGUCCUUUGUGCAGACAGAAGGUCAGCGUGAUGUGCCGUCUCUUCAGUGAAAGCAGAUCUAAUCAUCAGGAGAGAGAGAUGUUGAAGCACAUACAAGACUACAACAAGCGUUAUUCAGGGGCGCCUCGACAGAUGAUGGACUACCUGUGUGACGCUCCUCUCUUCCUCCUCCUGGUGAUGCGGGGCCUGGGGAACAUUGGGGGGUUAGUGUGGCUCUUCCUCCUGAGGGUGGCUUUAUGUGGAUUUGGGGCUGCCAUGUCUUUGGCAUCACCCUUAGAGGCCGUUCCAGACCCCUUUGGUGGAGUGUUGGGAAUCCUAGACGACUUGGUGGUUGUCUUCCUUGUCCUCAUCUGCAUUAUCAAUAUCAACCAGCAGAUGGCACCAGAACGAGCAGCCGGGACUCGUACAGUUACACAAGGCGUCCUUACUGACACACUGUAGCGAGGACAUGACAUAAAAAACGGCAGAUCAUGUGUGCUAGGUUCAGAACUGUACUUGAGUAGGUGGAGGGUCUAUGGAAACCUCAGCAGGACGUAGUAGGGGAUGGAUUUUAGUGUAGCACACUGUGGAAUGUGAGUUUGAUGAGGUACAGAAAACAGGGCAGCUGGGAGGUCCUUAAUCAGUGUUAUGGCAGGAGAGAGAGGUGUUAGACAAUGGGCCGUACCUGAGAACUGUUAGUAAGUGUGGACAGCAUGUACAAUUCCUUUGGACAAAUCCCAUUUGUGGUCAUCAUAAUGUAGUCCUGGGUCCACACUGAAAAAGCACGACCCACAAUGUUAAGUUUACAAAACUCGCUUAUUUUGUAGAGUACCAUGACUGUAUAUAUUGUAUUUUUUUUUUCAGGGGUGAAUGCGUGAGAUAUAUGUGUACUCUGAUGUUUCAGAAUCUUUUAUCAUUGCUUAUUAUUUGCUUAUUAGUGGUAUUUGUUUGUAGUGAAUCUCAAACCUGAAUAGCUUUUAUCCCAUAAACUACUGCACUAGUUGAACAUGCAUGGUGGGUCUGUAAAAUGAGUUAUAUUGUAUAUAUGUCAUGAUCACUAUUUUUGUAAAGCUGUUCCAUCCUAAUAAAUACUUAUUUAUCUUCUCA